AUGUCUUCUGUUUCUAUUUCCGCCUCCGCCUCUCCCUCCUCCAACCUCCUCCCAUCUUCUUCUUCUCCUUCCUCCGAAUCUCGUCUGCGGCCUCUCCGUCGUCUAAGUCAACUACGUGCCUACACGCAAAAUCAUUUCUCUUUCCCUUCACCGCAACCCAGUGCCGCCUCCGCCUCGUCCUCCUCCUCGUCGACCAACAGUCAGCGAGUUUCACGUCGUCAUACUCUCGGUAAUCGAGUUUCUUGGUUUUCAGCCGCCUCCACCGGACCCGAUCUUUCGUCCACCACAGUGGAGACUUCCAGCCGGGCCCCAUGUCCGGAAACUGAACAUCAGUCCACGUUCGCCCGCUAUAGCUCGGUUUUUUUCCCCAGCUACCGUGGCCUCGAACUCGACUUGCGCUCCCAACCAUCAUCACCCACCGAAUCGCCCAACUCACCUACUCCUCGCAACGAGACUCCCGGCAAUCACACACGAGGAAUAAUGGCGCGACCCCGAGGUUCGUCACAAGCUGUCAAUGCAAGGCCCAACGGCGAGGUGUCGAGCGCAGGGAGCCUUCACCCUGGCGCCCUUGAGAGCCCCGAUCCAGUAGUGUCCGAAAGCCCUUCCGCUGCCUCCCCGCGACCGAAACAAAAAGCCACCAUCCGCUUCUUUCCUCACCAAGACUCGCAUGCAAGCAGCCGCCCUUCGUUGCCCUUCAUUCCAAUUUCUCGCACAUUACCAUCCGAGAGUUGUGUCAUUCGCGUCGGUCGAUAUUCGGAGCGGGAUGGCACGCCAGUGGCAAAUCCCACGGAGCCCUCCGAUGCCCCGGUCGGGUUCAAAUCCAAGGUCGUGAGUCGCAAACAUUGCGAGUUCAUGUAUCUGAACGGACAGUGGCAUGUUAAGGAUGUCGGAAGUUCGUCGGGCACCUUUCUCAACCAUAUGCGACUGAGCCAGCCAAAUAUCGCCUCCCGGUUGUACACCAUCAAGGAUGGGGAUAUCGUGCAGCUAGGCAUUGACUUUCGAGGUGGCGAGGAAAUGAUAUUUCGCUGUGUCCGUAUCCGGAUUGAAUGUAACCGAUCCUGGCAACAGCAGCCCAAUGAAUUCAACAAAAAUACCGAGAACCUCAUCAAGAAUCUUGGCAAGGGGGAUACCGCGGACUACUCAGGAUGCCGAGAAUGCUCCAUCUGCCUGGGUUCUGUUUUGCGCCCUUAUCAGUGCUUGUUCAUGGCCGCCUGCGCCCACGUCUGGCACUACAAGUGUGUCAGCCGGUUGAUUCAUACACCCGACUACCCUAUGUUCCAAUGCCCCAAUUGCCGCGCCUACACCGAUCUUAGUGCAGAGGUAGACGACACCAACGACUUCGAGGAGCAAGAGGAAUCGAAAUCCGCUGCGGAAGACAAGCCGGAUGCUCCUGAACUCGCUCAGUCGGAGACACACCACCCCCAGCCGGAACCCAACGCUGCCAUCCCAUCCUCGCGAACCUCAGGUGACGAACGUCGGCUCGAGCCAAGUCUUCCCGUGGAGGCGGGACUCGCCGCAAAUAUCGAGAACAUGCGGCUUCGAGAUCUGGACGCGUCGGACGAUAAUUCCUCGCACCCGCCGGCGCCGACAUCGAAUCCCAACCCUGGCCUGUCCAGCGCCCACAGUGACAUGCCAGGCUGGCAGUCUUUGACCCAGUCCCCUUCAUCCGCCCAGACUCGGCAGGCCCAGUUGCGUGCUGAAACGCCUGUGCGCUCCGAUUCGUCGGAUGAGAAUCCGUUGACGCCGUUGAACGACUCAGGGCCUUUGGCCCUGGACGGCCGGGCUGCGAUGCCCUAGUCAGUCCAGCUCCCUGCGUUCUGGGUAGUUGGCUUACUGGGGUGGAAUUGCUCCCGCCACUUUUGCAUGCGGAGGCAAUUCUCUGGUCGUCGCUGCAAUUUUCGCGCUCUCUUUUAUUUAUCUGUUCGCAUUUCGUUCAAGCCAGUGUCAUCCUCGUCGUCUUCAAUUUCUCUUUUUGUGUCUUUUUUUCAGCCCAAGCAUUGAGCAUCGCGGUCCAACCCGUGGAUAUGACUUAUACCCAUUUUGAAGCAACCCUUUCUUUCAUUUUCACAUCCGACCCUGCAGAUGACAUUAUUCGAGGCAGCAGUUAUGCAAGUCGUCUUGGCCUUUAGGACGAAUCUGCAGGAUAUACUGCAUUCAGAGAAUGGCCGGGGUCGGAUUGUCUCUUAUUUUCCACAUCCAAUCGGCGCUUUCGGCGCAAGUGUAUAUAGCAGUAGUCCAGUCGUGACACCCAUGCAUAGUG